AUGACACCGUCUUCUCUCUCACUUCAGGCCUCGGCCUUGUCAUUUGUCGCCCUUUCCAUUGGACAUACGAUUGGAGGGAAACAAUGGACCGCUGAGCCGACAUUCAGGCAUAUUGCAGGCACGAAGCCAUGGGCCUGUGGGGUUAUUGGCUGGUACCAGGUAUUGACUACUACACAGCAGGAAACCAAAGACUUGGUCAGAGAUACUAACGAUGCCAUUCUUAGGGAAGCGCCUUUUUUCUCAUGA